AUGGCUCAGAUUAAACAGGCAAUUCAAAGGAGUCUUCGGUUUUACGAUAUUGGAUAUAACGCGACAGAUCCUGUCUUUCGAGGCUUUUAUCAUGACAAGCAACGCCAUAUAGAUGAUUUCGACGCUGUUAUUUCUCGUGCAGUGUCAAAGGGCGUCCAAAAAAUGAUGAUUACUGGAGACAAUGUCGUCAAUUCAAGAGACGCUUUAAAACUUGCAACCCAAUAUGAUUCCUUUACUUGUACGAUUGGAGUGCAUCCUUGUCAGGCGGAAUGCUUUAACAACAAUCCUGAAGGACCUGAAGACUAUCUCAAUCAGUUAGAAUCCUUAGUUCAUGAAGGAAAAAAAACAGGAAAAGUAGCUGCGUUUGGUGAAUUUGGUUUGGAUUAUGACAGACUUCAUCACGCUUCAGCAGAUGUACAGAAAAAGUAUUUCGAAGAGCAAUUGAAGCUUGCCGUUAGGGUACAAUUGCCUUUAUUUUUACAUUCAAGAAAUGCGGCCAACGACUUUUUUGAAAUUCUUGAAAAAUAUUUACCAAAUCUACCUAAAAAGGGUGUUGUACAUUCCUUCACCGGAACAGUUGAAGAGAUGCAACAAUGUGUUGAUCACGAUCUAUAUGUUGGGGUCAAUGGUUGCUCUUUAAAAACACCUGAAAAUGUUGAAGUAGUAAGAGCAAUUCCUUUGGAUAAGAUGUUGUUAGAAACGGAUGCCCCUUGGUGUGAAAUUCGCCCAUCGCAUGCUGGCCAUGCUUUCUUGGACUCCAAAAACCUUUUUGAUACAUGUAAAAAAGAGAGAUAUAAAGAAGGGUGUAUGGUUAGGGGUAGGAACGAACCAUGCAAUACUGUGAUCGUUGCAGAAGCUGUAGCCAAGAUAAAAGGUAUCAGUCUCGAAGAUUUAGCUGAUAAAAUCUGGGAGAAUAGUACUUUGCUGUUAGAUUAA